AUGGAUCAUUGGCAAUGGUGGUUAUAUAGUUCAAUACCAUUUUCGAUCAUAUUAAUUCUUAUUUUAUUAUAUGUUUUUAUAAAACGACAUCGUGGUCAUGGAUAUUUUUUAUCGAAAUUUUCUGCUUUUACACGUAUACGUUUUAAUCACCUUGAACAACGACGACAAACAUAUUGUCCAGCAAAUAAAACUUGUCAAUGUCAUACAAAACAUUCAUCAUCACAUAUUGAACCAAAUUUAUCAUGUACACAUCGUUCACCAACAUUAUAUAUGAGUUUUGCUGGUGCUGCUAUGAUUGUUGGAGGUGUACGAACAACAGAAUGGCGUGGUUCUAUAAGUCAAUUACAUGAUAAUACAAACAAUCAAUUUGAUGUAUUAUUUUUAACUGAUCCAGCACAAUGUUUUUAUUUACAAGAUCCAAAUUAUCAAUGGCAAGGUUUAACAUAUUAUCGAAAUUUAGUACAAAUUUAUUCAACAUUAUAUCAACAUGUUAUUUUAAUUGGUGCUAGUCUUGGUGGUAGUAUGGUUUGUAUGUGUGCUGAUUUAGCUACAAUAUCAAUUGCAUUUAAUCCAAUAUUAGAUCCAACAUUACUUGGUUUACCAUGGCGUAUAAUGGGUGCAUAUUGUCCAUCAGGACAAGCACAAGUUAUACGUGAACAAAUACGAAUUAAUAUGGAAAAAAUCGAUAGAAAAACAUUAAAUCAUAAUUGUACACUUCAUAUACAUUGGAGUCAAUUAUCAGCAGCUGAUCGACGACAAGCUCAGCGAAUAAUUGAUCAUGAAAAAGAAAAAAAACCUAAACAAAUACAUUGUUUAACAUCUGUUUUAGAUUUUGAUAUUAAUAAUCAAUAUAUGAAUAGUUUAGUUGGUGUUCAUAUUUGGUUUCAUCGAAGUACACGACAUGCAUUAGCUAUGCGUUUAAAACGAACUGGUCAAUUAAUACCAUUAUUAAGACGUCAUUUAGAUUCAAUAUUACAAAAUUCAAUUGAUAAUACUAGUCAAGAAAAAGAACAACAAUCAAAAAUGAAGAAUCUUUCAGUAUCAAUUAAAAUUCCAGAAACAGAUGAAAAUGAUGUUCGAUUGACAUUAAUAUAA